UUGAGAAGAAUCAUCUUCCCCUUUAAAUCUGCAGCAGAAUCCUGAAAGGAGAAUCGUGAAAACCUCUCAUCUCCGUUACGUUUUACGCGUGUGUUACUGUUUCUUGUUUGAUCCUCAAUAUCCGUCUCUCUCUCACUCUCUCCUGAAUCAGAAGCCAUUGAUGAUACAAUAAAAGCUAUGUCAAGCUAUAAUCCAUCAGAAACAGCCAUAGUCUCAAUCGGCUCCGAGCAAAGGAUAAACGUUGCAGCUGAUUUCAACAUGACCGCAACAACACAGAGACGCUCUGCUCCAAUGGCGAUUCUCUGGGACAUUGAGAACUGUCCCGUACCUAGCGAUGUUCGUCCUGAAGAAGUAGCUGGUAACAUAAGAAUGGCUAUACAAUUGCAUCCCGUGAUAAACGGUUCCGUGGUGGUUGUCUUCUCUGCUUUCGGCGAUUUCAACGCCUUUCCUCGCCGCGUCAGAGAAGGUUGUCAAAGAACCGGCGUGAAGCUCGUCGAUGUACCAAACGGUAGGAAAGAUGCAGCUGAUAAAGCUAUUUUACUUGAUAUGUUCUUGUUUGUGCUCGAUAACCCGCCGCCUUCCACCAUCGUUAUCAUCACCGGAGAUGUCGAUUUCGCUCCGGCGUUACACGUUUUAGGCCAACGCGGGUACACGGUGGUUGUGAUUAUACCUUCUGGUGUGUAUGUGAAUCCAGCUUUGAUUAGUGCAGGGAAGUUUGUUUGGGACUGGCAUAGCAUUGUUCAUGGUGAAGGCUUUGUUCCUCCUCCUCGCGUAGGGACGUAUCUAAUGGGAUGUGGUAUGAGUAACGAUAAUGGUAAUGUUGAUGUGAUGAAUGAAGACGAGACGAUUCUCUAUAGAGGUGUAUCGCAGAGUUGUUAUAGUAACUCUAGAGAGUCGUCUUCUUUGAUGGUUUCACAGUUUCAAAACGAGUAUAGUAGCAGCACAAUGUCGUGUUAUCCUCCUCCUGGUCACCUUGAGUCCACCAUGUGGGUGGCUCCGGGAGAUUUGAACGGUUUGAAGGGUCAGCUAGUGAAGCUUUUGGAACUUUCCGGCGGGUGUAUGCCACUCAUGCGUGUUCCUUGUGAGUACCAAAGGAAUUUCAGUAAACCGCUUUUUGUAGCUGACUAUGGUGCGGCUAAGCUUGUGGAUCUUUUCAAGAAGAUGAGUGAUGUGAUUGCAGUGGAUGGUAAAGGAAACAAGAGGUUUGUUUAUCUUCGGAGCUCAAAACCGAACGUCGUCUCUGCCUCUCCCUCUCCCUCUCCGUCUCCGCCUGUGGUUUUACUGAGAAGAGAGAGUAAAGGAAAAGAUACUAACAACGGAGGAGUCUCGUCUGAUGAGUUAUCGGACGCAGGCUCGGUACAGAGCGAGAGGAACCUGGAAGAGUUCAAGCUCGAGCUGCAAGACAUUCUUGUGAGCUAUGGUUGUCAGGUAAGGAUGGAUUGUUUCGAGGCGGUGUACACGCAAAGGUACAAGAAGCCUUUGGAUUACACAAAGAUGGGUGUAGAUCAGUUGGAGAAGCUCUUUGCAAAGUUCAGUGAUGUUGUUGCUAUAUAUGAAGAUUCUGCUACAGAGACCAAAGUCAUCGUCACGAUUUAAGAGGAACUAAACUCAUAGUCAUUGUUAGACGUUUUCUUCUUCUUUGUGUUCUUUCUUAUUGUGAACAAGCAGUGUAUAAGCUCUUCGCCUGAGCAUGUCCCAAUUUUAUUGUAUAUGCUCUUUACUCUCUUUCCUUAGGACACACAGUUUAUACAUAAGCUUUGAUU